AUGUCUUCAACUGUUGGACGUCCCUCCGCAGUUACUACAUUUCCCAGGAGCACCUGCGCAGUUAAAACUACACCAGACAAUAUGGCGGGAAUCGGAGCGUUUCUGAAGAAUGCGUGGAAUAAGGAGCCCGUUGUCUUGCUUUCUUGCACGUUAGGAAUAGUAGGUUCUAUCCUUCCAUUCGUCAGCCCCUACACCAAAUACACGACGAUGCUGAACUCAUCGAUGCCGUACAUCUACCCUGUUCCAGUGCGAGAUGAUGGAAACAUGCCCGACGUUCCUGCACAUCCGUGUGAACCGAAAGGAAGGAGCCUGGCGUGGGUAAAAACGCUCUAACUUGUUGCCCUCAACGCCGACGUCUGCGUCGUUCCUCCUGUGCAUGUCUGUGCGCACUUGUCUGAGAUUAAAGAUUCUAUUUAAUUCUA